UCGUCGCCGGGCAUUGGAAAGAUGCCUGAAUAAAAUCACCUCGCAUCCGAAGUUGUACAAUGACCCCAAUUUGAAGAUGUUCUUGGAGUCAGAUCGAUUCGUUAUCGACGUCAAACGAAAAAAUAAAGAUGAAUCCAAAGGAAUGUUAAAAUCAUUAGGCGAGGUUGUUUCCCACGCCACGACUUUUAAUAAGUUCAUAGAAACAGAUGAAUGGUUUGACAAUCAUAAAAACCAACUGGAAAUCUUGGACUCUCAAUUGAAAACAUUAAUGAAAUCUGUCGAGGCCGUCGUUAGACAACGCAAAGAUUUAAGUGGCGCCACCACCGAGUUUGGCGAUAAUGUAUUAUCCAUGGCUGGUGCAGAAAAUAAUAAAUCUCUGGCACGUAAUUUAACGAUACUAGGAAAUAUACAGAAAAAAAUAAAAGAGCUGCACGAGAAGCAGGUAAAACAGGACGUUGCGACACUGGAAAAUACCAUUGAUGAUUAUAUUCGGUUAAUCGGAUCAAUUAAAGUUGCGUUCAAUUCACGCGAAAAAGUUUAUCAGACCUGGCAAAAUGCC